AGGCUUUUUUCCCCAUUCUCCCGCCCCCAACAGCGGAGACUGCAGGGCGCAUGCGUGAGAGCAGUUCGCGGCCCGGCCUGGAGAGUAGGGGAGUUCCGUUUAGCCCACCUGGAUUGAGCUCUCCAAGAUGCCAGCCAAACGCUUGAACAAGAGAAGUCCUCCAGCAGAAAAUGCCACUAUAGAAAGCAAAAAAGUAAAAGUUGGCCACAGGUCUCACCGAACAGAAGCAGGCUUGGUGCUGACCCUGGGCCAGGGGGACGUGGGCCAGCUAGGCCUUGGGGAGCAUGUGAUAGAGAGGAAGCGGCCAGCCCUGGUCCCCAUGCCUGAAAGCAUCGUGCAGGCCGAGGCCGGAGGAAUGCACACCGUGUGUCUAGGCAAGAGCGGUCAAGUCUACACCUUCGGCUGCAAUGAUGAAGGUGCCUUGGGAAGAGACACGAGCGUAGAGGGCUCGGAAACGGUCCCAGGGGUAGUGAAUCUGUCGGAGAAGGUGGUCCAGGUUUCAGCAGGAGACAGCCACACCGCGGCACUCACUGAGGAUGGCCGAGUUUUCCUCUGGGGCUCCUUCCGGGAUAAUAAUGGAGUCAUUGGCCUCUUGGAGCCCAUGAAGAAAAGCAUGGUUCCUGUACAGGUCCAGCUUGAUGUUCCUGUGAUCAAAGUGGCAUCAGGCAAUGACCACCUGGUGAUGCUGACAAUAGAUGGCAAUCUGUACACAUCUGGCUGUGGGGAGCAGGGCCAGCUGGGCCGGGUGCCCGAGUUCUUUGCCAAUCGUGGGGGCCGAAAAGGACUUGAUCGAUUGCUGAUCCCUCAGUGUGUGCUCCUGAAGUCCAGGGGCCAUCGGGGCUCCGUCCUCUUCCAGGACGCCUUCUGUGGUGCCUAUUUCACCUUCGCCGUCAGCCGUGAGGGCCAUGUUUAUGGCUUUGGUCUCUCCAACUAUCACCAGCUUGGUACUCCCAGCACAGAGCCUUGCUUUGCUCCCCAGAGCCUGACAUCAUUCAAGAACUCCACCAAGUCCUGGGUGGGCUUCUCUGGAGGGCAGCAUCACACAGUCUGCUUGGACUCAGAAGGUAAAGUGUACAGCCUGGGCCGGGCUGAGUAUGGACGACUGGGCCUCGGGGUAGGCGCCGAGGAGAAGAGCUGUCCCACCCUCAUUCCCAAACUGCCCCCCGUUUCGUCGGUGGCCUGCGGGGCCUCUGUGGGCUAUGCCGUCACCAAGGAUGGCCGAGCCUUUGCUUGGGGCAUGGGCACCAACUUCCAGCUGGGCACAGGAGAGGAUGAAGAUGUCUGGAGCCCAGUAGUGAUGUCGGGCAAGCAGCUGGAGAACCGGGUCGUUUUGUCAGUGUCCAGCGGGGGGCAACACACGGUCUUACUGGUCAGAAACAAGGAGCAGAGUUGAUGAAACCCUUAAUGAAACUGUCUGCUCUCCCUGCCCCCUCCUCCAUGGGACAGACACGACUCCUUCAGCUGUUGCCAGAAAGCCUCCCUCUACAAACCUUUACCUGCCCCUCUAGCAGCAAAAAGUGAAUCUUGGCUCCUUUAGGGAAUUAUCUGGGAACAUCAGGAUGAAGGGAUUGCAUUAAAAUACGCAAGCAAGGAAUGAAUGGACACGUCCCACCUCAGAGCUGCUGCCCUCUUGUCUGUCUGAUCCUCCUCCCCCUUCAGACCCCUCCUCCCCGGCUGACUUUGGGUUAGUGUUCCCUGGAAGAAUGUGAUGGGAGCCCCUACAGUUCCUGUCUCCCUAUCUCCUCCCCACACCACCAAGAAGCUGAGGCUUUCUCUCUUGGGAUGUCUAGUUCCUAUGAUUUAAAGUCAUCAGAACAUUCACCGAACAACUGGCUUUGUCUUCCCUCCCUCAGUCUCUGUAUCUACAACUGUUGUCACUCCCCCUUCCCCAUCCAUCUGGGGCUCUCAGUUAAGGACAAGGCUUGCCCACUUACCAGAAGGGGAACUGGGACAAGGUUUACUCCCAAAACCUUAACCAGGUAUCUCAGCCCAGGUUCCCUAGGAAGGCACCUGGCCGGGCAAAGGAGACACUUGAUGGGUGGCUGCAGAGCUUGGGGUACAGACCUAGCUACUUCCCUUGGCUUACGGUUUGCUCCAGGAUGAUGAGUGUCCAGGCCACAGAGAUAGGGCAAGGCAGACCCAGGAAAAGGAAUUGAUUCCCACAAUGCAGCCCGGUUUAAACGGAUUUUAUUCAUCAUCCCCCUGAAACCAGUCUGAUGCCAUGCGGCCCAGUGAUUCUUGAAGGCAGAUUCCAAACACCACAAUGGCAGUUGUGUUUUCCUGGGAAAGAGAACUAUCUUUUUAUAAAUUAAUUUUUAUCAGUAUGAAAAGGGAAGGGGCACAGAGAUAAGGGGGAGAGGGUUCAGAAGACUGGUUCUUGGAGGAGAGGGGAACAUCAAUUUGUACAGUAGCUCAGAAAAGUUUUGCUUUUUUUUUUUUUUUUUAAAGAGUGGUUAAAAGUAUUUUGGUCAGGGAGAGUUAAGAUCUUUUAACAGUAAAUAAAUUUUGAGGGUUUUUUUUUUUUUUUUUUUUUUUUUAAUUUUAAGGAAUGGGUCUGUUCUUAUCUUUGCUCCAUAAAGGGGUAAAGUUUGCAGUGAGGGCAGGGGAAGUGAGGGGUCUCUGUCCUUCUGAAUCUUAGCAUCUAAGAUGACGAAUUCUCCAAGUCUCUUGGCCUCAGAUGAGCUUUACAGAUAGUCCUGGAUUGACAGUCAUUAAAAAUUAAUAUUACUUGAAGUCAAUCCAUCUAGGGGCACGCUAGACUGGUGUCACGGGCCUCGUGGCUGUGCUUGCCCGUCCCCAUUUGUUGCUUAGGUGGGGCCUGGCUACUAUUGUGGAAACAUUAACAUAGAUCAGAAGUUUUGGUACUAACACUUGGCUUUCUGUUUUUAGACAAAUAAUUUUACUUUCUGGGCCUCAAUUUUUGUGAAAUCUUAUUAUUUAGAACUGGAUGGUGUCUUCUAAACCCCUCAUUUCAUAGGGGUGAGAACUGAGGCUUUUGAAAAUCUGCCGCCUCAUUCAAGAUGACACAGCUAGUCAUUGGUAGAGCUGGGAUUCUAAUACAGAGUCCAUUGAAUUAAAAUUCUGAACUAUUUUUUCUCUUUUCCUAUGCUUUCCUUGCUUUCAACAUGAGGAUAAUCACAAUUAUCCCAUCCACCUGCUGGGGACGUUAAAAGAGGAUGGUUUAGAGACCAUAGAAUACUGUGUUGCUAUAGAGACAUUUGUUACAAUUUUCAUUUUAAAAUACUAAGCAGGAAUAAGGUAGAUGUCACAAGUCAUGGAUGAACAACAUAGCUGGAAGAGAUUUUAGCUCUAGUCCGACCUCUCUCAUACUCCAUAGGAACAAGCUGUUCUGGCAGACUGGGUCCAAAGCCCAGGAGGACUUCUCAGCUGAGGAAUAAGCAUUCCUGUGUGUGUCCAGAAGAGAUAAGGGCCUUCCUGCUAAAUCCACCCCAGGAGAAAUGCUAAACUCCCCAAGAGAACCAAAGUCCAUUUUUAGUGGAUCUCAAGUCUUAUAGUCUAUCUCUAGUCUAAGCCACUUAAAUCCUUCAUUAAGUUAGGGGGAUAUGCACAAUUGCUGGUCUAAUGGUCCUGUUCAGUUCUCCUUGGGAAGCAGCUUGGCCGAUUGGAAGAAAAUUAUAAAUUCUAGUUCUAUCCCUGCUGGGAUGAGUGAGAUCAGUAACCUAGGGAACCCACCAUAUGAAGACUCCAGGGAAAGCUCUCCACCAUGUUUGGGAUGCCAAACACUUAACUUCUGCUCCCAUUUUGGUCUGGCCUGAUAGGCCAUGGAGUAUCUGGCUUUAAAUUUCUGGUCUUUUCUGGGCUUCCUAGUUAUCUAGGAUGUCUGGACUUGGCAGUCUGUGGGGGUGUCUGAAGUGGCUGCGAAGGCCAGACUUGGGCUGAGCUCCAAGCCUGCUGGUGGGGCAGGAUAAGUGGAGAGCCUUAGAAGCUGGGGAUUUGUCUUUGAAUAACUUCUUGAUUUGGGGUAAGUUAUUGAAAAGGUUAACCUAGCAGCUUUCUAAGAGUUGAUAACCGAUAACUAUACAUUUACAGAUUCUUGUUUAUUCAUCUGUGAAACCCAGGCAAUAUCUUCCUGGCUUCUCUUGAAGGGCUGGGAGAUUGCCAUGGCUGUGAAAGUGUUCUUUGCUUAAGAUAAUUUUCCAUUAUAAAGUGGCUAACAAAAUACAGCUAGUCAAACAUCGAGGAAUGAAAUCCCCAACAAAACCAUGGAAUCCAAAUUAUUUUUUCAAAAAAUAUAUACAUGAUAAAAUGAUAACAAACCUUG